UACUGGCGGUGGGUGGAGGUGGGAAGCGGCUGGCGAUCGCGCAGCCGUGCGGCUCUCCGGUACGCCCCCGUGUGUCGUCGCGCCGCUAUGACGUAGUCCUGCGGCGGUCCACGAUGCUGCGGCGCCCGCUGGCCGGGCUGGCAGUGGCCGCCUUGGAAUGCGUCCGUGCGGACGGACCCUGGUCAAGAUUCAGCGUGUUCUGUUUUUUGGUCCUUGAUGGCAAGAGACACAAAUGGAGAUGGGUAGUCCCAGGAAGGUGCAGCAGCCUGUUCGUGGUUGGCUGCUACUUCUCCACCCUUACUUCCUUGGGAGGCCAUGGCAUGGCAGGACCGAGACCAGUGGUGCUGAGUGGGCCAUCAGGGGCAGGGAAAAGCACCCUACUCAAGAAGUUGUUCCAGGAACAUGAUAGCAUCUUUGGCUUCAGCGUGUCCCAUACUACAAGGAACCCAAGACCUGGAGAGGAAAAUGGCAAAGAUUACUACUUUGUGACCAGGGAGGUGAUGCAGCGAGAUAUUGCAGCAGGGGACUUCAUUGAGCAUGCUGAGUUCUCGGGCAACCUGUACGGGACAAGCAAGGAGGCUGUUCGGGCUGUGCAGGCCAUGAACCGCAUCUGCGUGCUGGACGUCGACCUGCAAGGUGUGCGCAACAUCAAGAAGACUGAUCUGGAUCCCAUCUACAUCUCUGUGCAGCCCCCCUCGCUGGACGUGCUGGAGCAACGACUGCGGCUACGCAACACUGAGACUGAGGACAGUUUGGCAAAGCGGCUGGCAGCUGCACGGGCUGACAUGGAGAGCAGCAAGGAGCCUGGCUUGUUUGACCUGGUGAUCAUCAAUGACAACCUGGACGAAGCCUAUGCUAUACUGAAGCAGGCCCUCUCUGAGGAAAUCAAGAAGGCUCAGGGCCCUGGCCAUGCCUGAAGGCCUGCUUCAUUUCAUAGAGUGACGCCGGUGUUACAAGCCUGCCUGGUUAUGAGGCGGGGUGCACCAAGGACUCGGAAUAGGCUUCCACUGUGAAGUAGGAGGGGCUUGCCCCUUGCCUGGCCACAUGGUGGCUCUGCACCCUGGGCUAACUUGCUGAGGCCGAAGGACUCCGAAGCGUACCCACAUCUAUUCUCCCUGGCUGUCCUUGUCCCUAUCCCUGUCCCUCCUGCUGGAGCAGGACUGACAUGACCUAAUAAAGUAACUCUGGGUUAGAGUCUCACA